UAUUGUGUAUGCAGCGCGGGUCAGUGGCGCGUGUACAUGGGUCUUUCGUGAGAAUCGUCAGCAUUUUCUCUCUCUCGCGUCAAACGUAACAACGUAAGGUGUGCAUGAAUUUGCCUGUCCGCGUAACGGGGCAUAUCGCGCGUGCAUGAUGGAUCCGUCUAAGUUGAAAGUGGUGGAGUUGCGAGCCGCGCUAAGCGACCGCGGCCUCGACACCAAGGGCAACAAGCCAGUGCUCGUCGAGCGGCUACGCAAGGCUCUGGAGGAGGAGGAGGAAACACCACAGGAGUAUGCGUCAGCUUUGCAUACAGAAAAUAUUGGUGAUACGGCUUUGAAAGAAACACAAGAGAGAGUCGCGGAAGCUGCACGAUCAUCGCAACCACCGAGAACACCUAGCAGAGCAUCUAGGAGCUCCUCGAUGACUACUCCGACAAAAAUUUCCACGAGAAAUGCAUCGAGAGCAUCUACCACUCCAAAUUCUUCGAAGCACGCUACGCCGAGCAAACCUCAGUACGGCGAGAGAACGUACGAGACGUUGGUGACAAUAUCAGAAUCUAUGUCUGAAGAACCUGUAAUACAACAACAAGAAGAAAUGUCAAAAAUGUCUCCCGAUAAGUAUAGAGAAGAGCAAAAAGGUGACGCGCCAAACAUUCUUCCGAAAGUUUCGUCCGCGGUAUCUGAAAAAUAUGAGGCAGAAGAGGCAAAAUGUGUGAAUAUUUUAGAAGGUAAUAAGUAUCGAGCAAAUAUUCUCCAAGUACCUGUGACAGAACCGUCUGAAAAACCUAGUACACGUGCAUGUGUAGAUUUAUUUUCUUCAACUCGGGAAGGUCAUGAAGCAAAGAUAUCUAGUAUAGAUGAAGAUGGCAAAAUUCAACAGCUAACUGCAGAAACAGAAGAUGUUACAAAACUGGAAGAGAAAACAGAGAAUAAAGAUGAAGAUGAUGAUAAAAUACAACAUGUUUUUGAGAAAAGCAGUCAAGAUGAACGUUCACGUGAGAAAGAAAAUGAACGUAUAGAGGGUAGAUGUAACGUUAAGGAUAAUAUAAACAUUCCGGAAGUUGAACAACCAACACAUGUGAUGUCUGAUCACGUAGAUAAAACGAGUGAUCCUGACGUAAAGCAGGAGGAAAAGAUUAUCCAUGAUGAUUAUACGGCGCAAGACAACAAAAUGGACAUUUCAGCGAACAUGGAAAAUUUAGAUGAAAAAGUUGAUGAUAAUGAAAUUUCACGAGAUAAACAGGAACUAGCCGAAGACUAUUUCUUAAAGCAAACAGUUGCCGUAGAUGCAGAAGAAUCAAAUCGAAUGGACGGCAAUGACAGGAAAAGAAAAAGAUCUCCUAGCCCAGCAGAAGUUCGUCAGGUAUCUCCUGUGCCACAGAAAGCAGAGGAUGAACCAGAUCUUGACGAAUCAGCUGUAAUUUUAUCAUGGUAUGAUUCAGAUUUGAAUUUAGUUAUUAAUAAAAAUGGAUUUUACUCUGCUACACCUAUGCAUGAUGGGGAUCUCUGUGAUAUGUGGGCUGGUGCAAGAGCAUCUCAUGGUGUCUUAAAUGGAAAAGUCUAUUACGAAGUCAGAAUUACGCAGCACUAUCCAACUAUCACAAAAGACGAGAAACACUCGCAUAUGCUUAGAAUUGGUUGGUCAGUACCCUCUACGUCUAUGCAACUUGGGGAGGAAAAAUGCGGUUUGCCCGCGGCAGGAAAAAGUACCUGGGCAAGGAAACACGCGGCCGACCAUCCAGAUAAAUUGUACAAUAUUUUAGCGCUCCAUAACUUAAUUGAGAAAACUGGGGAUAUUGCUCUGUCAGAUCAAGAUCAAAACACCUGUCAGCGAGAACGUAUUGAUAGGUGCAACCGCGCACUCGACCAACUGAUUGACGUGGCAAGUGGUAGAAGACGUAACUACAUAUUAGAUCAGAAGAGCAACGUAUAUUCAUCCGUGCAAAGGCGCAAAAUGCGGAAUUUCUGCGGGUAUCAGCGGAAAGCGGUCGUUGUUAUACCAACGGACGAGGAGUACAAUCAACGUUUGUCCACACACAAUGCAAUUGAAGGAAAUGCUUCAGAGUCUAAUCUUGCAGAAAUGAAGGCAAUGUUCACUGCACCUUCGGUGGGAGAAUUUUUCGAUGCAGUGGAGUGGAUCGGUCUUGAUGAGGAAGAAGCUAAGAAACUUAUUGAGAAAUACAACAAAGAAGGUAAAGAUGCUGGAUUCAGUCAACAAUCAACGGCGAAACGACCGCGUCUUGACAAGACUGAGAGCAACAAAGAAACGCGUGAUUCGCGAAACAGCCGAGACAUUCGAGAUCGAAGAAACAAUUAUCAAGAUAGAGGUCGCAAUCUUUGGCGCGGCGCUAAUAUGGGAGGUUGGAGAGGAGAGAGACAGCAAAGGGGUGGUUACAUGAGGCAUACUGGUGGCUACGGACCCCCUCCUGUUCCGUGGAGACUACGAGGACGAGGUGGACCUGCAAUGGCACGUGGAGCAGACAGACGAAUAACUGGAGUUGAUAGGAGACCAGGAAACGAUAGAAACCGAUCUGUUGCGCCUAGACAAGGUGGUUGGGGGCCUAUGAGUGGGACGUAUCAAGGAUCGUCGCAACAGUCCAGUUGGGGUCAACAGGACACGUGGUCAAAUAGCCAGGCCCAAGGAAAUUGGAAUCAACAAAGUGGCGGCUGGGGACAACAACAGUGGGGAGGUGGUUGGAAGGGAUAUGGCCAAGGCACCUACGCUCAGACAGGAUACAAUCAACAUGGAUACGGCAACGGCAAUUGGGGUAGCUGGAAUCAACAGUAUUACAACAACCAGUAUUGGGGUCAACAACAACAACAGAGUGGGCAGACUACUGCAGCUGGCGGCCAAGCUGAGAUUACAAACGAUAUGGUGGCAACGACUUCUACCAAUACGGGAGCAGGAUAUACGUACUCGCAAGGAUAACAGACUUUUGCGCGAGGACAAGCGUACCCGUUCUAAGUACUGUGCGACAGCAACCACCACGUAACAAUCUCACUCACAUAAGUAGAGAAAAGAAUUUAUACCACACACGUUAUAUAUAUAUUAUAUAUAUAUAUGUUUGAGUUUUUGCGAUGUUAUACAUAGAAUAUUACAUCGGCAUAACAGCGGAUACAGACAGCAUUACGCUUUCUUAGCUUCAACAAAGAUUUGCACGAUUUUUUCAUCUCCAUGUGCAAAGACAUUACAAGCAUUAUAAAACAAAAAAUUCCCUUGCAUUGCAACAAAUGCAUGUGAGAAAAUCAAUUUUGAAAUAUACGUGAUGCUGAUGAAUUUCGAUUCUUACCGGUAACACAGGUCUAAUAAUAUAAGUGCAUUAACGACACGGUAACAUUCGCGAGAAAGAAUAUAACUUUUUAUCGCAUCUUUAAAAACUGUAAGGAGAAAAGGUAAGAGAAAGAGGAAGAGUACUACGUAUGGGUACAAGCCAUGCAAGUAGUAUUAAAAGACGAAAAGAAAAGAUAGCACGCACUCUCAAAAAUUCAUGUAAAUAUGUACAGAUCUAAAGUAAAAAAAUUACGCAGAAAAAUAUCUAUUUAUACAUUGAACAGAUUUAGCGAAUUUGCUUGAAUGCCGCGGUGCACGUUAAAAACUGUCGUAUGCAACGUGACGUAUAAUUUGACAUAUAAUUGACAUUAAUAAUGUAUGCGUAAGCAGUUGAACUCCAGAUCGGGGUUUCUAAAGUCCAGCGUAAGUUAUCUAAUCUAUUUGGUGUAGGUAUUAUUUGUUGGCCAUUUCAUCACGCGCGCAUAUGUUUUUCAGUCUUGACAGAUUAGCGGGCGCGACAGGCUUUAAUCUGCACCAGAGACGUCGCGCACUAGUGAAUUCGCUAAUAAUGAAAUUUUUAGCAGUGCCCUUUUAGAAAGACAAAAAAGUAUGCAAGAAAAAAAUAUAUAUUGUAUAUCGUUUAUCCCUAUUAUUAUCUUUCUACACCACCGACAAUGUAUAAAAAGAAAAAUAUUGUGGCGCAAAUAAAUUAUUCUUGGACACACGUUUUAUACAUGCAGAUUUUUCAUUGCACAACACGACACGAACAAAGUCUUGCUUGCGAUAAUUAACUUGGUUUAUUAAACAGUUCGAAAUAUUUGUACCUGCUCUAGUUACUGUAUCUUCUAGUUACACGGAAUACUUCUCUCUCUGAUAUGGUUAUUAUUCACCUGCAUAAAUAUAAUUUUGCUACGUGUAUACUUUUUGAAUGUACUGCAUGAGAAGGAACCGAGCAUUUUCUCUAUUUAACAUUUAAUUUCGCACCGUGGUCUCAUCUCUGUUCUAUGCGGUAUUCACGUAAUGCAUUUGUUACCCUACGUAUACUUCCUCUGCUAGAAUAAUUUGAUUUCUUUCUAUUACAUCCUCGCUCGAGGAAAUAAAGUACGAACGCCUCACGAUGUCUAUUUCAGCGCUGCGCACCUUAUCUCAAUGAUAUAUUUUUAUAUAUACAUGGUAUAUGUAUAUGUACACAUACCUAUACCUAUACCUAUAUGACAUAUGUAAAGCAUCGAUUCUGAGAAUAAUAAUAAUAAUGCAAAUCAGUGUUUAUAUACAGAUUCAUGAUUAAUGAAUUAAAAAUUAUACGAUUUAGUGAUGAUAAGUGUAACUUGCAUCAGACAUCUGCAAAUCAUCUUUUAAUGAUUUAAUAUUGUUUGAAAGAGCGAAUGUUUUGGAAAAAAGUCUCACGAACAAGAUGGAUGAUCCAUUUUUUCUCACGAUCUUAUUCAUUCACAGAAAAGAUCCUUUUUUUAUGUUCAGAGAAUGAUUGUCUCAUUAGCUCGUCUUUUUUUCUCCGUACAUAUUGUAUGUACAGUGUGUGAUGUUCCGAGCUAAAGUACUUCUGUGUGAAAUCGAAAAUAAUUUAAGUAAUGAUUAAGUGUAGCGAUACGCAAAGUUAGAUAUAAUUAAGAGAUAUUAGGAGAAACGAGAGAAAAAGGGAGAUGGUGAGCUAUUUUUUAAGAAAUAAUCAGGAGCUCUAUUUAACCUACACCUACACGCGUAGCAUAUGCUAGUACCUCUGUGUUACCAUAAGCGAAGAAUUAAAAAAAAAAAAAAGAAAAAAAACAGCCGCAUUAUGGGCUGCAUUAUGUAACGACGAUAAUCACGCAUAGUAAUUUCUUUUCUAUAUGAUGCAAAGUAAAAUUAAUGCAUAACCUGUAAACUUAAUUGUUGACACAAAAAUGUACAAACAUAUUCAUAAAAAUAAAAAGGUUCUUCUAUUUAU